AUGUCUUGGACUAAGCUUAUAUCGCUUAGCCUGGUUGUCCUGUUUAGCGUUGGAUUAGCCAGCGCUGGUAGGGUAUCUAGAUACUCUAGUUCCCAGGGAACAGGCACUGGAGGCGGAGAGGGUGGAGGAGCGGUGAACGGCGGCGGCGGAGGAAGCGGGAAUGGCCAGGGAGCUGCUCAGAGUGGAAGCGGAGGAACCCAUGCAAGUGCUGGAGGCGGCGGAAGCGGGGGUGGUUGGUCAGGGUAUAAUGGUACUGGGUAUGGCGCUGGGUCCGGCAGCGGCUCAAGCUCUGGCCAGAUGAGCCAAGGAUCAUCAAAUUAUGGUGGUGAUGGUGGGAGUACAAGCGCAGGUGGUUCCGGUGGCGGCGGCGGUGGUGGAGAGGCCGCCGACGACGACGACGACUGCCCGGCUGACUCCGCUGGCUUUGGGACAGGUGGCGGCACCGGAUCUGGAUCCAGCGAGGCGAAUAAUGACGGUGAUGCCUCCUAUACAAAUGCAAAUGCUUCCGGUAAUGGUGGCGGCGAGGGCGGUGGUAAAAAUGGUGGAACCGGCGGUGGCACAGGCGGUGGAAGCGGUUACGGUGACGCAAACCCAUGA